AUGACUCCCAGUGAAUCAAAUGACAAGAAAAAGGAUGGUGUGAAGUCAGAAGAUAUCCUAAAACGAGGCAUGUCACUAGUAAAAAGCUACAGUAAGAUGACCGAAGAGGAACGUAAAGAGCUGAUCAAGAAAGCAUUUGAAGCCAAACAGAAACUGCAAGAAGAACUUGAAGCAACAAAGAAAGAAGUGAAGAAGAAGGAGGAAGAAGUGAGCAGGCUGCAAAAAGAGGUUGCAGGUGGUCUUCUGCUAAUGGAAGGUGAAAAGGAAGCCUUGGAAGGGAAAGAGGUCAAGUACUUUGAUCUGUACCCAGAAAGGUCAUACAAGGAGGGAUCUGCAGCCCAGACCCACUUCCGUCUGGCAGAGUCUCAGUUUUAUAGGCUGCUAAAUACCGGAAUGACUAAAACCAAUUUAGUGAAAGUGGAAUACGUCCUCAAUCCAGAUCUGGUGCAUCAUUUCAGGGAAUGUCGAGAAAGCUUAAAGAAGAAGCAUGGGGAGGAGUUUUCUUACCCUGUGUUGGCGUUUCAUGGCACAAUGGAGACGAAUAUCAAGCCUAUAUGUGAGACUGGCUUCAAAAUACCCGGCGACAAUGGCCAUGCUCAUCGUACAGACACAGGCUGGUACGGAAAGGGUGUCUACUUCAGCGAAUACCCUGCCUACUCCAUGGGAUAUAUCCAGGGCGCAACCCAACUGCUACUCUGCCAAGUUCUACCCGGCAAAGCCUAUCAGUGUACGAAGCUUAUUCACGGGCAUUCCUUGAUGAAAGGUUACGAUUCCCACGUGUCUCCCUGCAAGAAAGAGCUUGUCAUCUUUAACAAGUAUCACAUUCUGCCACAGUAUAUUGUCCACUAUCAGCCGAAUGCCGGAGAAUUCAAAUACACAUCACCACCAAAACCAACAUCGGCUGCUUGUAGCACAGCAGAUGGCAAGAAAGGCAAAGGGAAGAAGAAGGGAGGAAAGCUUACAAUAGACGAAUUAACAGACACUGAGAUGUUGAAAACCAAGCAUGACCAGGCUAUAGCCAUGCCUACAUCAAGCACAUUGGAUGGAUACAAUAUUCAGUUCACUGGGACUUUCCAGGACACGCAGGCCGGAAUGACGGCCCUGGUCAAAUCACAUGGAGCAACAAUAGGAACAAAAGCUGUUUUCAGUCUACUGAUAGCCUCGAAGCUGGAGUUUGAUCUAUCAACAAACAAAAUCCUUCAGGCUAACAAGAAAGGGGUUUCAAUAGUGGGUGAAAUGUUUUUAUAUGACUGCAUCAUCAACCAUAAGAAACAAAAUGAGGAUCAUUACAGAUUAGACGACUAGUCACAUACAAUAUUUAUGAUCACGUCAACAUUGAUGAUAUGAUAGCCACCAUGCCUUGCACCUGGGAAGAGCUGGGCCCGUAUUCACCAAACAAUUCUUAGACUUAAGUCUAAGACUAAAUAGUAUUCUUUAAAUGGAUAAAGUAUAGAAUUGCUUGAAUUUUGAGUCAAACUUGGCAUUAAACACCUACCUAUAUCAUUCUCCAUAUAACAGUUUGUUCAUGACAUAAUCACCAGUGGAGGCCUGUAUAUAUUCGAAUACUGAUAUUGGUUCCAAGUCUAUUCUUUAUUCUGAAUUCUAAGAAUGUGUUGGUAAAUAUGGGCCCUGAUUUUGCUUCCCUUUCCAUUGGUAACUUAGCCUUGCGAUUUUAAGGUCACAAUUUCCAUUCCCUCAUCGACUGGCACCUGCAGGCCUUGCAAAUGGAAGGUCUUGAUUUCGAUCUCCUGUCCGUGGGCCACUUAGCCUUGCGACUGCAAGGUCACAGUUUCCAUCCACUUAGAGAUAGGCACCAAGCUUUGCAAAUGGAAGGUCUUGCUUUGGACCAACUGUCCAUUGGCCACUUAGCCGUUUUAUUGGGAGGUCACAAUUUCCAUCCCCUCAUCGACAGGCAUCAAGCCUCGCAAAUGGAAGGUCUUGAUUUUGAUCAUGUUAAGAGCAUUAUUUAAGCCCCAUAAACACUCAAAAUCAACAAAUAUAUUAUAAAAUAAAGUUAACCCAUCAAUAAUUGAUAAAGCCAAUCUCGUGUUUGCUUGUUAAUGUUUGGAUAUUGCUGCGGGAAAUUCACAUUGAAUAUAUUGUUACACACAAAAUAGAAACACGCAUUUUGUCUCUUGUCAAAUCUAUAUUACCAUACAUCAUCUAGCUUUGAAAUUUUUGCAAAUAAUAUUCAUACAUUCACUAAUGUUAAGGCAUAAGGAUUUUAUUGUGUUAUGUAUAAUGUA